GAGAAUAUAGACAUAAUGUUGAACAUAGUAAAUCUUGUUUUUAUCGUCUCCUUAAGUCUUUUUGGUAACACAGUUUGGUCAGUAAAUCCUGUUGAGGAAGAUGUUGGGAAUGGAAGAUACACGAUUGAGGGCCGCGUUUUUCCUCCCGAGGAACUGGUAGAGACCCAGUGGCAAGCCGAGACAAGGGUCCACGUUAACGGCGGGGAAUAUGUGGCUUUUAUUAGGAAUGACGACACAUUUGUCGUUCACAAUGUUCCUUCGGGUUCAUACGUAGUCGAGAUAGUACAUCCAGACUACAUGUACGAGCCUGUGAGAGUGGAAAUUAACUCUAAAGGAAAAUUUAGAGCUAGAAAAGUCAACUAUAUACAGACCUCACAGAUUAUUCAGGUACCUUAUCCUCUGCGAAUGAAACCACUGUCCAAGUUCCGAUAUUUCCAAAUUCGUGAACAAUGGAGGCUGACUGACUUCUUGUUUAACCCUAUGGUGAUUAUGAUGGUGUUGCCUUUGUUGCUUAUCAUGAUUUUGCCAAAGAUGAUGAAUGACCCAGAGACCAAAGAAGACUUGAAACAAAUACACAAUUUGACUCGAAUGGGAGAGAUGCCGGAGAUGUCAGAAAUGAUCACCAAUCUGUUUAGUGGGGGCGCCGCCGCUAAACCAUCAUCAUCCAAGACAAAACAAAUCAAAAAGAAGUAGUGUUGUGAUAUGAAAUUAGAUAGUAUUGACUAAUUAUUUAUAAUCAAUUACUGUAUAGGUAUAGUUGUCUUAACAAUAAAUUGUUCUACUACAUAUAUCUCUUUCCUAAUUUUAAUUGUAUCCUUGUAGGAAAUGGUUAGUCUACUGCAUUUUUUUCUGUUAUACCAGAAUGACAUCGAAUAAAAAGAGAUAGUUUUCUUAGUUUCCAAACCUGUCUAGGGCAUAUGUUUGCCUUGAAAUUGGUACUAUAUACUUAUCAGAAUGGAACAUUGGCUUACGAAGUGCAGACAUCUCAAAUGCUUCAUGUCUGACUACAGUAUCGUCUCUCACUUAGCUUGAAGUUAGACAAGUCACUGCUAUUCAAUAAUAGUGACCUAAACCAAAAUAGUUAAUUAUUUAUCAUGUUAAUGUAGAUCAGGGUAGAUAUCAUACAUUUAUCUGGUCUGUGACAAAAACCUAGAAAUUCAAACUCGGGGCUUGCCAGUGGUCUAUGGAGUGCAGCAUACUAGGUGCAAACUAUGAAGUGAAUGCAAUGUUUUUGAAACAACACACUGGAAGGCUGCCAAGUUGAAAUGGAACUGGGCUGGACACAUUUGCUAUAUACUGGGUGAGUUGUGGGGAUAACCAUGGAGUGGAAAUCCUACAGCUCAAAACGGAGACAUGGCAGAGCUCGUCAGCAAUGGUGGCAUGAUUUGGAUUCAAUUUUAAAGGACUGGCUAGAUGCAGCACAAAACCAGAACCAAUGGACAAAGACCCUUCCU